UAGUAUAAAAACACGCCCUCCCUUAAUACAUACAUAUAUUUACAGAGUGCCAGUGAAUAUGUAAAAAAAAAAUGCGAAUGGAAGAAGCUACUGGAUUACCACCACAACGACGUCGUAUUGCAACGACACAACAACAACCAUCAUCGUUAAUCAAAAGAAAACCCUUAGCCAACAUCACUAACAAUCACACCGUCAUCCCCAAUAAUAGUAAUAAGAAGAAGAAGAAGAUUGUUACACCUUCCCCCACCACCGCCUCUGAUUCUAGUAUCGGAUCCACUCCUAACCCCAUCCGCCCCGUUUCCCAAAAAUCUCGCAGAAGUGAUCAUGCAGUUGGUAAUGAGAAUUCAAUUGUGUAUGCUCAAAGAAACAGCAAACGGAAUACCAGGAGCAAAACGAAGGCUGAUGUCUCCUCGUAUCAGACAUCCAGCCCGGAAACAAGGAACAGUUUGAAGGAACGAUCUGCCCCUGUUUGUUCCUCUAAUUUGAACAAAGUCAAGGAUCAGGGGAAAGUCAAUCAGUCUGAUAUGGUUAAAACGAUUAACGAUGGGAAUAAGUUAUCUGUGACCCCUCGUCAUUCUUCGGUGGAGAACCUCAAGGACAAAAGGAACACAAUUGAUGUGCCUUCUGGUGCCCAUCAUAUGCUGAAUGUCAAGAAUAGCAAGGAAACUCCUAUUCGUCAUUCUACUAUGAAAAGAAAGGAUAAUACAAAUACUGACACAAGUGCUACAAUGCAUGAUUCGUUAAUGAAGGGAAGUGAUAAGGGAAAGGAGACUGCUGCUGAUUAUUCUUCUAUCAAGAAUGUAAAGAGUAACAGGGUGGAUGAUCGUGUUCCCCUUAAAGGAGUGAUUAUUAAAGAUAGUGGGGAAAUGGAUACGGGUUCUAAUCGUGCUGAUCUUGAUCAAAGAAAUGAAGGGAGGGCUGUUGUUACACCUAAUUCCUUAACGAAGACAAAAGAUAAAGGAAAGGCAAUUGAUGUGUCACUUGAUUUUCCUUCUUUGAAGAGUGUGAAGCGUUAUAUAAUGGAAGAUCAUGUUCCCCUUAAAGGAGUAAUAAUUAAAGAUACAGGGGAGAAUGCUACUGGCUCUAGUUGUGUUGAUCUUGCUAAAAAAGAUGAAAGGAAGAUGGUUAAUACACCUACCAAUCACCACAAUCUGGAGAAGAAAGAUAAACGAAAUAGCUGUCCACCUCUUUUGAGGGCCACGAGCAACAGAAAUGUAGCUGAAGGAGCACAAGAUAAAUUUAGGUCUAAGCCACAAACUGAACCUCCACCCAAGAAAAAGAUGAGGAGAUGCUCAUCGAAGGAAGAAUAUGCAUUACCCCAAGACUAUUUGGAGCAGCAGAGAGCUUAUUUUAAAGAAAUAGAUGACUUUGAGUUAGAAGUGGAGGAAGUUUGAGUUUAAAGAAGAUGCAUAACUUCAUUACCUAAGUAGGAUAACCUCUCUUUGCUUCUUGUAUAGUCACACUUUUAAAUGUCAAUCUUAUGAAACAAAAAUCAAAUACAUGACACCUACUUUGACCAAAAGAUCUGUGUAUUGGCACCUUAACACGCUGGUAGUUUAGAAGUAAAAAAAGAAAACCUUGUGUAAAUCUGAUGGCUGAGAUGAAUAAAUUUAUCUUAAUCAAGUUUCUUGUUGGUGUAGAGAUGAACUGGUGAUUAUAAGCAUGUUUUCCUUUUUACAGUAUGGUGGUGAUUUGUUUCU